AUGAGUUUGCUUUUGCUGGCAUUGGCUGCUUUGAUGCCAAAUGUCCACAGUUGGAGUGCAAUACCUGCAGCGGCACACAACAGUAUUAAUAAUGGCCACCAAAGAAAUGAAGUUUCGCCAUAUUUAGAUUUAGUCUUAUGUCCCAUCCGUAACGAACCCUGGUCAUGUGCCCGUCAACAAUCUGGACGCAUUUUGGAUAUCUGGGACAAUGAACUGCAUUCCCAGUGGCAAAAAUUGAAAGUUGAAGCCGAUCAGCAAUUGAAUGCUACGUUGGAGCGACGUGGCUAUAGUGCAUCCGAUUUGGUUAUUAAAGAAAAACCAUCAACCAUUUUGAAGAAAAUUGAAAUUGGUACCAACUAUAUGAAGGAGUACGUAGCAGAUACUUUGGAUGGAUUCCUUGGACGAGAAUAUGAUUAUAUACAAAAUUUCAAAGUUCACAAUGACAUACAAAAUGAUCAGCCGGCCAGUGAUAAUGAUGAGGUGGUGGACGAAAAUGAAAAUGAUGAUGAAACAGAUGAUGAGGACGAAGGAGAUGAUACAGAUAAUGAUAAUGGAGAUGAGGAGGGUGAUGAUGAAGGCGAUGAGGAUGGUGAUGUGAAAAAUACCGCCAUCAUCAAUGAUAACGCUUCCAAUGGCAAUGAAUUCAUUGAAAUCGAAUCUCAAAGCGAUGGUGAACACACGGGAACUGGUGAUGUGAAAGACGCCAAUGACCGCAGAAGAAAAAAGAAAAAUCAGAAUAAGAAAAAAGGCAGUCAACAUGAUAUUCCAGCGCAGGCUGCUAAUCUCUUGAUUGUACAACCGUUAGAACAUCACCUGGAGGAGGCCGAACAUCAUGUUGAGGAAGUUGUCCAUAAGGUGAAACCGGGUAAACGAAAAAUUAAACCGAUUAAAGAGAAAAGACGUAAACGCAAGAAGAAGGGCCAAGCAUUGGGUGAUGACACCACAACAAUAGUUGUUGAACAAGAACCGGCCUCGGACCUUGGACUUGGAUUGUUGGAUGCACUCAGCGAUGUUGAUAUUCUGCAGGGAGGCGGAAAACGCAAAAAACGUCCACUGAAAUAUGGUAGAAGUAUUGGAGUAACUCGUGGCAAAAAGAAGAAGAAGAAGAAGGCUAUACAAAAAUUUAUUCUGCUUGGUUCAUUCCUUAAGGCCAAAAUUGAGCUGCUAUUAAAAAUUUUGGGAGCUCAUUUACAAAUUAAAUUCUUUGCCAUAGCUCUCAUUGGUUUGCUGAUAAAUAUUGCCCGAUUUUGGAUCGAUGUUAAACGUGGCGGAGUGCCACAAAAGGUUGUCUAUGUUGAACAUGCUCAUCAUCAGCAUCACUAUGAGGAUCAUGGCGAGGACUGGAGUGAAUCUGGUGGUGGUGGUUACUGGAAGAGAUCGCUGCAAACGGACACACCACUCGAUGAAUAUGAUUCGUCAACGGAUAGCUAUCAGCCGCGACCGGUGGAACCGCAGCAGGCCUAUGAUGCCCAAUACAUGGCCUAUCGCAAUCAGUGGCAGCGGAAAUGAACUGAGGAGCCGUAGAUUUUUUUAUUA